GUGGUGUGGGGCUUUCAAACUUUGGCUCCCAAGAAUCAACACAUUACGAUUACGCCGUACAGAAUUCACGCCAACGCGAACUUUCUUUUUGGGUUUUGUUUCGUUUUGAGUUAUUGCAAUGGAAAUUUUUCGAGUUUUCCGCUAAUAAAAUUAGCUCCAAAAACGUUUACUUAAAGGCGUUCACAUUACAAAACGCACACAGACCUUUCGUUCUGCUCUUAUGAGCAUUAUCUAUUGUGCAUUGUUCUUUCUAUUCCUUCUUUGAUUGAGUUUUGUAAAAAAAAAGACACUUGUUUAGCAUUGGAAUUAUUUAAUUUUCAUUCUGGUUUCAAAUUCAACAGCGUGGGCAGAGACAAUGAAUGCGCUCAAAGCGAAUAAUACGGAUAGCUUCAGAUUUGGAACCGUAGAUUAUGUAGUGUUCUUAGGAAUGAUAGUACUAUCUACAGGCACAGGAAUAUAUUUUGGCUGCAUUAAAAAAGAUAAGAAGAAGCAUGAUGAUCAGGAGCAAGGUCCAUCCAUCUCUGCAGGGCGCAAGCAAGAUUUUGGCUCAGAAAAGAUGAGUGAAUAUCUGCUUGGAUCACGCAAUCUGAAAGUUUUUCCCGUCGCUAUGAGCCUAAUAGCAAGCUAUAUUUCAGGCGUUACCAUUUUGGGGACUACAUCAGAGAUAUACAAUUAUGGAACACAAUAUUGGUUUAUUGCAAUUUCCAUCAUUCUUCAUGGCAUUGCUAUCUCCUAUAUUUAUCUUCCAGUUUUUUCAAAGUUACAAGUCGGAUCUUCUUACGAGUAUCUGGAAAUGCGAUUCCACUCAACAAUAAGAAGUAUUGCAUCUUUCAUGUUUAUACUUGAUGAAAUUCUUUUCUUGCCGUUUAUCGUCUAUGUGCCAGCUUUAGCUCUGAACCAAGUCUCUGGAAUCAACUUGCAUAUCAUAUCAGGCGUUAUUGUUAUAGUAUGUGUGUUCUACACAUUUGUGGGCGGUAUCAAGGCUGUGGUGCAUACGGAUGCCUGGCAAGUUUUAGUCAUGUUCAUAUCGGUAAUAGCAGUUGCUUCAAUAGGCACCUAUUAUGCAGAUGGAUUUGGCAGCGUGUUUGAUGAUGCCGCAAAAGGUGGUCGAUUAAUUUUUUCAAAUACGGAUCCUUCGCCCUAUGUGCGUCAUACUGUUUUCAGUGUACUUAUUGGCGGCUUCUCCUACUGGACCUCAUUUAAUUCUGUCAAUCAGACCAUGGUUCAACGGUAUAUGUCACUGCCAUCUCUGAGAAAAGCACGCAUUUCUCUAUAUAUAUUCACAAUCGGUGUUGCCGCAUUUAUAUCUGUGUGCUGUUAUGUAGGUUUACUAAUCUUUGAGAUGUACCAAGAUUGUGAUCCAAUGAGUUCGGGAAUGACAACGCACAACGAUCAACUGUUGCCUCUUUAUGUUGUGCAACGCGUCGGCCAUAUUUAUGGGAUGUCAGGCCUGUUUAUAGCUGGAAUUUUUGGUGCUGCACUCAGUUCCCUCUCAGUUGUCUUAAACUCGACGUCGCUCGUAAUUCUUGAGGACGUAGUGCGUGGAUGCUUCAAAAUGAAUCCUAGUGUUCGUGCAUCAACCAUACUAGUUAAGUCAACCGUUAUAUUCCUAGGGCUUGUGUCUAUGGCCUUGGUGACGUUCUUGGACAAACUCGGCAGCAUUUUGGGCGCAGCUACAGCACUAACAGGAAUCGCGGCUGGCACGACAUUUGGGCUGUUUACACUUGGUAUGUUAGUACCGUGGGCAAACAACGUCGGUACUGCAGUUGGUGGAGUCGUGAGUGCUUUAACUGCCAGUUGGAUUUCAUUCGGCUCACAGUUCGCCAUGGCAGCGGGGGAACUCAACUCGCAACGUCUAGAUGUGUUUGUAGAUGGUUGCACGGGCAAUGUAACGUUGCAUGAAAACGUUUGGGUGAACGAAGAUGAUGUGUUCCCCCUUUACCGCUUGUCGUAUCAUUGGAUAAAUCCAAUAGGAGUGACAACGGCAAUCGUAGUGGGUGCUUUAGUUUCCCUUGUGACGAAGCCGACCGACUUAAAGACUGUCGAUCCGGAUUUAAUUUCACCAGUGAUCCACAGGUUUCUGCCCAAAGAAUGUUUUGAAGGUCGAAAUCAUCGUGCACAGACGCAGAACAAACUUUUGACCAGCACAUAACAUCAAUGAAACAACUUGUUAAGCACAUAUGUACAAUACAUGUAGUAAAAUAAGUACUUUUGGUCAUGUUUCUCAACUAGUCGUGCUAAAUUUGCACGAUUGGCGCCCAGUUCCCAUACAUAUGAACAUAUGAAUGCACUUUAUGCAAGCGCACAUUCCCAGUGCUUUUUGUGUGUAGAUAUAGUAUUUAGUCAUUUCAUGAAAUGUAUUCCCUACAUAAUUUGCUUCAAUUACCCUAACUAGACUUAGUGAAAUAUUGCUACUAUAGGUAUUAGAAUCAAAAUUCGGGAUUAUGUUUACAGGAAUUUAUGAAUCUUAUAUAUAGUAAACUACGUCUACAUUUCGAUUUGACAAUCGAUUUUAAACUGUUUAAUUUAAUAUAGACUGCAGACUGAGACGCACGUCUUAUAUGGAAUACUAUAUAUUCAGUGUGACUUGAAAGGCAAUGUCUGUGAUAAAUUCAAUAAACCUAUCGACUUAUGUA